CCCACCUUGCCCUGCUCCUGCCGCACCACCGCUACGCCCUGGCAUCUGCAUCUGGCUUCAAGAGCCUCGAACACUCUGUUUAUGCAGCUCCAACCCUCUCGGUACUUGCCUUUGCCCUUUUGUCCCUUCCUUGUCAACCUUGUCUCUGCAAGUUGGACUUGUCAAUUCAAGAUUCCUGUGAAACAAGAUUCUUUUUUUUUCUUUUCGAGACUUGCUCCUCCUUCCCCAUCUCGAACCUCCGACUUACCUCAACUCUCAGCACAUCACUUGCUGCUACCACCUCGCAUCGAGAUAUCAAACAACAUUGAACCUUGCGGCCACCACGACUAUCACUCAGGGAUAAAUAGGCCAACAACCAUCCGGACGACAAUCCACGGUUUCGGUCACGGUUACCCAAGAGAGAGAUCAAAGACAUCUCACAACGUCAACUCAACUCAAGAACAAGAUAAACCUGCCAUUUUCAGCACCCUACUUGCAGCCCCUCGGUGCACAUUGUCUGGCUUUCGUCAUGAUCAGAGGACUGUAAUACUCCGCCCAAUAUACCAAGACGAUUUACCUCCGAUCCUCCAAGGACGCCAUCACCGCCAUUAAUUACUCUUGCUCUCCCUCUCAAAAGCUUCAUCAAAAAGCCCAGCCCUGUUUCAAUCCUUCACGGCCUUGGUUGCGGUUUGUUUUCGCUCUGAUUCGAGAGCUCACGCCAUACCCACCACAGCGAUCCAUCCACACGAAUUCGGCACUGCAGUCGAAACCAGAUCUCUUGUCGCUUGGCAACCUAACG